UUCUGGUGGAGACGGGACUUGAGAAGCACCAAUCGGAAGCCGGCGGUGCAGCGUGGUGUGGCGCUCGGGUGACAGCGCGCGUGGGCGAAAGGAAGGAAGGACGGUGGCCGCGGAGGGUCAAGGCCCGGCGGCUACGAGCGAUGUUACCGGGAGCGCUGCUGCGCCGGGCGGCGGCGGCGGGCCGGGGCCUGCGGGGCCCGCUGGGCCGGCGGCAACGGAGCAGGACGGGCAGCCCCGACGGCGGCUCCUCCAGCCGCAGCGACCGGGCCCCGAGGAUCUACACGAGGACGGGAGACGCAGGCUUCUCCAGCACCUUCACCGGGGAACGGCGGCCCAAGGGCGACCGGAUCUUCGAGGCCCUGGGAGCCACGGACGAACUGAGCUCGGCCAUCGGGCUUGCUGGUGAAUUUAGCAGUGAAAAGGGCCAUACGUUUGUUGAGCAGCUUCACAAAGUCCAGUGCAUGCUGCAGGACGUGGGCUCCAACAUCGCGACGCCUCUCUCCUCAGCCAGGGAGGCUCACCUGAAACGAACAUCUUUUAGUGAGAAGCCAGUUCUGGAGCUGGAGCAGUGGAUCGACAGUUAUUCAGAGCAUCUUCCUCCGCUCCGAGCCUUCAUCCUGCCUUCAGGAGGUAAAAGCAGCGCUGCUCUCCAUUUUUCCCGAGCUGUCUGCCGCAGAGCUGAAAGGUGUGUGGUGCCUUUAGUACAAGCAGGAGAAGCUGAUCCAAACGUGGCCAAAUAUUUAAACAGACUGAGCGACUAUCUCUUCGUUUUGGCACGUUAUGCUGCAAUGAAGGAAGGGAAGGAAGAGAAAAUAUAUAUAAAGCCUGAAGCGUAACUGGGACCGGGAAUUUUUGUUUCCUUGGUCAUGGGAAGUGAAAUCCUCUCUGCUUUCCCCAUCAAGGAAGGGAAGGAGAACAAGCCCGGACUGGAAAUGUGAGCUGCCAAGAACUUCCAGCUUCAGUAACUAGACCUUGUUCAUAAAUGCUGUGAAGAACAGAGCUGGGCCUUGUCCAGAUGUCAGAGUUACUGUUGGCCCUGGGUUGGGGCUCAGGCAGGAGACUCCAGAGACCCACAGCUGAUUUCUAGAGAUGUUUUCACUUCCCGGGGCAGCAGCAGGUGCUGUGGAAAGGCAUUGACAGGACUCUGCGGAGUGAAGAGGAGAAAACUAUCAACUUCUCUUUGUAAGUCAUAAUAAUGCUUGUACAGAGCAGCAACUGUGGGGAGAUGCGGGAAAUCGGUCCACAAGCUUUGAAAUAAUAAAUAUGAUUUACUUGUA